UAUGGGAUCAAAUCACACUACACGAGGUUCAAUAGAGGACAAAUAUGAUAUCCUUUGCUUAUUAGGAUCGGGAGCAUUCUCCAAAGUGCGCUUGGUCGAGACUAGAACGAGCCCAGUUGAACGAUAUGCAGUUAAAAUAAUUGAGAGAGCAUCCUACAUUGGUAAGGAAGAGUUUUUGGAUAACGAGAUUGAAGUGCUGAAAAGAUUUAGCAGAUUGGAAUCAGAAGAACCAUUAUCGCAUCCAAAUAUUGUGCAACUGUUGGAAAUAUACGAAGAUGUCUCCAAAGUAUAUCUGGUCAUGGAACUGGUCACCGGUGGCGAAUUAUUUGAUCGGAUUGUGGACAGAGGUUACUACAGUGAACGCGAUGCAUCUCAGCUGCUCAAGCAACUUUUCGACGCUGUCAACUAUCUGCAUCAGCAUGGGAUUGUCCAUCGAGAUCUAAAGCCCGAAAAUCUUUUAUACUACAGUCCAGACGAAGAUAGUAAAAUAAUGAUUGCUGACUUUGGAUUUGCAAAAAUGGACACGUCGAGCAUAUUGGUAACUGAGUGUGGAACUCUCGGAUAUGCGGCACCAGAAAUCAUUGCUAGAGUGGCAUAUGGCAGGGCUGUGGAUGUCUGGAGUCUGGGUGUGAUCGCCUACAUACUGCUCUGUGGCUAUCCUCCAUUCUAUGAUUCCAAUGAUGCCAUGUUAUAUACCAAAAUAACUAGAGGUUUCUAUGAAUUCCAUUCGGAGUAUUGGGAUGAAAUAAGUGAAUCUGCCAAGAAUUUGGUAUCGAAUUUAUUGUGUGUUAAUGUGAAUGAGCGUUACACAUGCCAGCAGGCAUUAGAUCAUCCCUGGAUAUCUGGCAAUGAGGCAAUUAGUCGCAACAUACACGACUCUGUGUCCCAGCAGCUUAGAAAAAACUUUGCCAAGUCCCGUUGGAGGCGAGUAGUUCAAGUCAACACAGUCAUCCGAAACAUGCAGCAAUUGGCACUCAACAGUAAGAACAUACCACAGGAGGAUGCAAAUAAAACAAAUUAAAAUCACUGUAAAUAAAUCCACAAAUAUAGAAUAUGGAUUAUUUUGUAUCGUCUAUUUAUAUAACAUAGUAUUUAUUUAUAAAUAAAUGAUGAAGCUUCA